AAAACCUCUGCAAACCCCCAAAGCUCAUUCUUCAAACACCUUCUCCACACCACUCCAUACCCUCCAAAGAACAAAGCAUGUCUGUAAUCCAAACCCACUCACCUUACACUUUUAGCUCCUCCGCUUUCAGACCCACUUCUACAUUCUUCACCGGAAAAGACCCAACUCCCAAACCCAAUUUCGCUCCUUUCAUCCGCACAAAGCCUCAACGUUUGGUCCUCAGGGCCGCCGGAACCGAUUACUACAAGACUCUCAACCUCGACAGAAAUGCAACACUGAAGGAUAUAAAGACUUCUUACCGAAAGCUUGCUCGGCAGUACCAUCCUGAUUUGAACAAGGGCUCUGGAGCUGAAGACAAGUUCAAAGAGAUUAGUGCUGCUUAUGAGGUCCUAUCAGAUGAGGAGAAAAGAGCUUCUUAUGACCGCUUUGGCGAGGCAGGCUUACAGGGAGAAUAUGGUUCUUCGAACAUGGGUUCAGCCGGGGUGGAUCCUUUUGAUGCAUUCUUUGGAGGUAGAGGUGAAUCAGGAGGCAUGAACUUCAAUGUUAAGUUCAAUAUGCCAAACACAGGAAAUCAGGAUCUUGACAUUCGGUAUGAACUGAACCUGAGCUUUGAAGAAUCCAUUUUUGGAGGAGAAAGGGAGUUUGAAAUUUCUUGUGUUGAGACAUGUGAUACUUGUGGUGGAACCGGUGCCAAAUCUGAUAAUUGCAUCAAAUCAUGUACUGCUUGUGGAGGAAGAGGAGGGGUGACAAAAACUCAGAGAACACCAUUUGGCAUGAUAUCCAUGGUAUCUACCUGCUCGAAGUGUGACGGUCAAGGAACAGUUAUAACUGAUUCUUGCAAAAAGUGCAGUGGCAAAGGACAGGUACAGUCAAAAAGAGCAAUGGCUGUAACCAUUCCAGCUGGUGUUAGUGACGGAGACACUAUGAAAGUUCAAGGGGAGGGGAAUAUUGAUAAGAAAAGGGGUAUAGUUGGUGAUGUCUACAUAAUGCUUCGUAUAAAUGAAAAGGCUGGAAUUCGGAGGGAUGGUCUCAAUUUAUAUUCAACUAUAAAUGUUGAUUAUACUGAGGCCAUUCUGGGGACUGUUAUAAAGGUAGAAACUGUUGAAGGCAUGAAAGAGCUUAAAAUUCCUUCAGGAAUUCAGCCGGGAGAAACAGUAAAGCUGUCUCUUAUGGGGGUUCCAAACAUGCGCAAACCUUCUGUUAGAGGAGAUCAUCACUUUGUUGUGAAUGUACUUAUUCCAAAGAGAAUCAGUGGCACAGAACGCACGCUUGUUGAAGAACUAGCUUCACUUAGGUCCACUAAAAGAGGCCACUCAGGUGCUAAAAAAGGCGUUGGGACACAAGAUGGCGACUUCGACAUGCAUAAAAGCAGAGAUCAUAAUACUAGUACUUCAAGUCAGGGAAAAGGACGUGUUACAUCCUUGUGGAACUCAAUAAAAGGCGUAUUGGGGCGGAGGCAGUCGCAGGACAGAUUUGCAUCGGUUGGCAUGAGCAGACCAGCACUUUUGCAGGGUUCAAGCAAGCCUGAGUCCUUUCACAUGGCAACGAUUUUUGGAGUUUUAGUUGUAACUUGUAUUUGUACAGCGAUUGUAAAUCUCACUUCAUCGCAACACAAUGAGAGAUCGGACAUAGAUUAUUGACUUCCUCACUGAUAUGUAGACAUUGUCUUCCAAUGGAAUAUUACACAUGCGGCACCAACCUGUAAUCGUCGAUUUUGAUAUCAAUACAAGCAUG